GGAAAGACCAACAUUCCCGUUAUGAACACACAGAACCUCACACUGAAGAAAAAUGGCGCUUUUGAAAUCUCCCGACUUCUGGUCUCGUGCCCUUCUUCUUCUCUUGUCUCUUUGUUCCCCGCCUUCAAGCUUAGCUCAACAGCAACAUGAAGAAGACCCAACGAUCAGAACUAUGGAGGAUUUCUCUGGGUACCCAAUUCACGAACCGGAUCAAUUCCAUUUCGCCGACCUUGCCUCUUCACUGUCUGUUGAUUCUCAAAGGCUGAAAGACCAGAUAGAUGAGCUUUCCGGGUUCUCCGAUUCUCCAGCCCCUUCAGUGACCAGGGUUCUAUACACUGACAGAGAUGUCUUGGCACGCCGGUACGUAAAGAACUUGAUGGGACUUGCUGGCCUAUCUGUUAGAGAGGAUGCUGUUGGUAACAUAUUUGGCAGAUGGGUUGGAUCUGAGCCAAAUCUUCCUGCAGUUGCCACUGGAUCUCACAUUGAUGCUAUUCCAUAUUCGGGGAAAUAUGACGGAGUUGUUGGUGUUUUAGGCGCAGUAGAAGCCAUCAAUGUGUUGAAAAGGUCGGGGUUCAAACCCAAGAGGUCUCUGGAGAUUAUCUUGUUCACGUCGGAAGAACCUACACGAUACGGCAUCAGCUGUUUAGGAAGCCGUUUACUCGCUGGAAGCCAAGAACUGGCAGAAGCCUUAAAGACCACAGUUGUGGAUGGCCAAAAUGUGUCCUUCCUAGAAGCAGCUAGAUCAGCGGGAUAUGCAAAAGAUGGAGAUGACUUGUCAAGCGUGUUCCUGAAGAAAGGAAGCUACUUUGCUUUUAUCGAGUUGCAUAUUGAACAAGGACCUACAUUGGAAGAGGAAGGUUUACAGAUCGGUAUAGUAACAGCCAUUGCUGCUCCAGCAAGUUUGAAAGUGGAUUUUGAAGGCAAUGGAGGGCAUGCUGGUGCUGUCCUUAUGCCAUAUAGGAACGAUGCGGGACUUGCAGCUGCAGAGUUAGCUCUUGCUGUAGAGAAACACGUAUUAGAAUCGGGAUCAAUAGAUACUGUAGGGACUGUCGGUAUUCUGGAACUGCAUCCCGGGGCAAUCAACAGCAUUCCGAGCAAAUCUCAUCUUGAAAUCGACACCCGGGACAUUGAUGAAGCAAGGAGGAACGACGUGGUUGAGAAAAUCCGGGACUCUGCAAACAGAAUAGCUAAAAGCCGAAAAGUAAAGUUAUCGGAAUUCAAGAUUGUAAAUCAAGAUCCACCAGCUCUCUCAGACAAGCUGGUGAUCCAGAAAAUGGCGGAGGCAACAACAGAGCUCAACCUGACGCACAAGACAAUGAUCAGCCGAGCUUAUCAUGAUUCUCUGUUCAUGGCCAGGAUAUCUCCAAUGGGUAUGAUAUUCAUCCCUUGCUACAAAGGGUAUAGCCAUAAACCUGAAGAGUAUGCAGCUCCUGAAGAUAUGGCAAAUGGUGUGAAGGCUCUUUCCCUCACUCUGGCCAAACUUUCCUUGGAAUGAAGUGCUCCGUCGGAUUCUUUACCCUCUAAAUGAGACAGAGACUUGCAUUGUGUAGUUGUCUUUUCACAAGAAAUAAAAUGCAGUGGAAAAGAAGUUUAAAAAAAAAAGAAAGGGAAAAUGAGGCACGCAGGGUAGAGAAAGAUUUUAACUAAAUACUAUGGACGUUGGAAAUUCAACUUUACAUCAAAUUAUUAGAUUUUGGGUGACGUUUAUAUAA